AUGGCUUCGAACUGGCGAUCCAAUGCGAUGGACAAACUUCAGUGUUCCUAUCAUCCUGAGGCGAAUUUGAUUGACGAUCAUCAUACCGGUGAUAUGAUUUGUUCUGAAUGUGGACUUGUUGUGGGUGAUCGGAUUAUUAAUCUGUCGACCGAAUGGCGCACCUUCAGUGAUGAUAAUUGCAAGACGGAUCCAAGCCGUGUCGGUACUGCUGAUCCGUUCUUGCAGGAUAUGGAUCUGUCGACGAUUAUGCAAAGCCCUUCAGGUACUUACUCAGUUAGCGCUAACACAGCUUCAAUCAACGAUAUGUAACACCAGCUUCUUUUUUCUUACUACUUACCAGACCAAACCACCCAUAAGCACUGCUGCAAAAUGGACACUAACACGCGCAAGCUAAUAUUCGGUUUUGGGGAGCUAUCCGCUAUGGCGGAGCGAAUCAAUGCACCGAAAUCGAUAGUUAAUCAUGCGAAAAACAUUUUCAAGCGAGUGCAGGAAGCAAAAAAGUUACAGCAUCGUUCGAUCCAAGCCAAGAUAACGGCCUGCUUGUACAUUGCCUGCCGUCAAGAAGGUGUACCACGUACGUUCAAGGAACUGUGUGCGGUAAGCUCGGUCAGCAAAAAGGAAAUUGGCCGUUGCUUCAAAUUGAUCGUCAAUGAUCUCGCCACCACACUCGAUCACAUCACAUCGGAAGAUUUCAUGUCACGUUUCUGCUCUAAUCUACGUCUUCCACUAGAGGUACAAAAAGCGGCAACUCACAUUGCCCAAACCGCUUUUGAAAUGGACAUCGUGUCGGGUCUGUCGCCAAUUUCUGUUGCAGCAGCUGCUAUCUAUAUGGCAUCAAACGUAUCGGAGACAGUGAUAAAUAACAAAGAGGUUGCGGAAAUUGCUGGCGUAGCGGAGAUGACCAUACGGAGAGCAUACAAACUGAUGUUACCGUUCGCCGAAAAACUAUUUCCGAAGAAUUUCCACUUCUACAAGCACAUUAGUUUGCUGCCUAGGGAUUAACGCAUUGAAAUCGGUUUCUGUAAACGAGGGUUUUACAUACGUAGUGUAGUCGCAUUAAAUAAUUUAUUUUCAU